GAUCUUUCCUGCAGUCUUUCUAAAUUAUCUAAGGAUGGAAAAAUUUCUCCCCAUCCUUUUGUAGAUCCUGUCACUCCACUCUUAAAUGAAAGUUAUUUCAUGGAAAUUGGAGAGAGUUCAGGCAAUAUCCUGCUUCUUCUCGCCCAUCUUGAGUCCACCAUUUUCAUUUUUCAACCUGCCUCUUCUUUUAUCCUCCCUCCCCCUGUUUGUUGGGGUCUCUGCUCUAAGGGCAGGGCCAGGGCUUAGUAACUCCCUAACUCCCCUGUAACCUCACCCUCUGUAAUUUCCUGUAGACUAGCCCUGUCCAGGAAAAGAAAGAAACAAUAUCUGUGCAGAUAUAAUCAUCCCACACACACACAGCCUGCAGAGGACCAAGGCCUGACCCAAGCAGGGAGCCUGGAGCCAGAGGAAUGGCCCCUAAGAGCUGCAGACCCCCUCCUCAGGGGUUGGUGACCUUCAAGGAUGUGGCUGUGGACUUUAGCCCAGAGGAAUGGGGUUUGUUGGACCCGGAUCAGAAAGAGCUGCACAAGGAGGUCAUGCUGGAGAAUGCCAAGAACUUGCUCUCCCUGGGACUUCCAGUUCCCAGAGAAGAUUUCAUCUCCCAUGUGGAAAGAGGAGACCUGAGGAACUCAUGUACUGAUUCAGAGACAUGGUUUGAUAUGAAGGAGAUGAAUGCAAAUCUGAAAAUGAUCUCAAAGAAAGACCUUUUUCAAUAUAGUGAAUAUAGGGCUGUUUUUGCUAAGCACAAUAGAAACCGUAUUAGAAAGGAACACUGUGAAAGGAAUACACACAAAAAAGCUUUAAGAAAGAGUUCCAGGGUUGCUAAAGAUAAGAAUAUACAUCCUGAAGAGAAGACACCCGAGUGUCAUGAAUGUGAUAAAUCUUUUCUUGUACGCUUUUCCCUUGCCAAGCAUCAGAAGAUCCCUGCUGGAGAGAAGCCUUAUAAAUGUAAGAAACAUGGAAAGGCUUUGAGAGAGCGAUCUACUGCUAAACAUGAGAGAAUUCACACGGAAAAACAAUCUUACAAAUGUAAUCAAUGUGGAAAGGAUUUCCAGUGUAAUUCCAAAUUGGCUCAACAUCAGAGAAUUCACACUGGAGAGAAGCCUUAUAAAUGUAAGGAAUGUGGAAAAGCUUUCAUACAUCAUCCCAGUCUUGCUAAACAUCAGAGAAUCCACACUAGAGAGAAGCCUUAUAAAUGUAAUGAAUGUGGAAAGGCUUUCACACAGAGUGACAAUCUUCGUGAACAUCAGAGAAUCCACACUGGAGAGAAGCCUUACGAAUGUAAUGAAUGUGGAAAGGCUUUCACAUAUCAUUCUUAUCUUAUUGCACAUAAGAAAAUCCACACUGGAGAGAAGCCUAAUAAAUGUAAUGAAUGUGGAAAGGCUUUCAAAAAGAGUUCCAGUCUUCAUAAACAUCAGAGAAUCCAUACUGGAGAGAAGCCUUAUGAAUGUAAUGAAUGUGGAAAGGUUUUCAUUCAGAGCUCUGACCUUGCUGUGCAUCAGAAAAUCCACAAUGGAGAGAAGCCUUAUGAAUGUAAUGAAUGUGGAAAGGCUUUUACAAAGAGCUCUUACCUUGUAGCACAUCAGAGAAUCCACUCUGGAGAGAAGCCUUAUGAAUGUAAUGAAUGUGGAAAGACUUUCACAUAUCUCUCCAAUCUUGCUGUCCAUCAGAGAAUCCACACUGGAGACAAGCUUUAUCAUUGUAAUGAAUGUGGAAAGGCUUUCACAAAGAGCUCUUACCUUGUAGUACAUCAGAGAAUCCACACUGGAGAGAAGCCUUACAAAUGUAAUGAAUGUGGAAAGGCUUUCACAGAUAACUCCUAUCUUGUAUUACAUGAGAGAAUCCACACUGGAGAGAAGCCUUACGAAUGUAAUGAAUGUGGAAAGGCUUUCACAAGGCCCUCCUGCCUUGUAGUACAUCAGAGAAUCCACACUGGAGAGAAGCUUUAUGAAUGUAAUGAAUGUGGAAAGGCUUUCACACAGCGCAGCAAUCUUACUUCCCAUCAGAGAAUCCACAUUGGAGAGAAGCCUUACAAAUGUAAUGAAUGUGGAAAGGCUUUCACAAGGCGCUCCUACUUUGUAGUACAUCAGAGAAUCCACACUGGAGAGAAGCUUUAUGAAUGUCAUGAAUGUGGAAAGGCUUUCAUAAGGCGCUCCUGCCUUGUAGUACAUCAGAGAAUCCACACUGGAGAGAAGCCUUAUGAAUGUAAUGAAUGUGGAAAGGCUUUCACAAAGCGCUCCUCUCUUGAAGUACAUCAGAGAAUCCACACUGGAGAGAAGCCUUAUGAAUGUAAUGAAUGUGGAAAGGCUUUCCUAGAUCGCUCCUACUUUGCUGUCCAUCAAAGAAUCCACACUGGAGAGAAGCCUUAUGAAUGUCAUCAAUGUGUAAAGGCUUUCAUAUGUCGCUCCCAUCUUGCUGUCCAUCAGAGAAUCCACACUGGAGAGAAGCCUUAUGAAUGUAAUGACUGUGGUAAGGCUUUCACACGGCGUGAAAGCCUUAGUAAACAUGAGAAAAUCCACACUGGACAGAAAUCUUAAGACAAUGCUCAAAUCUUGCUUAGCAACAAAGAGUGCACAUUAGAGAAAAACUUUUGAGUGUCUGGAUCAUGGUAAAGUUUUAAUAUAUAUUAGUCUCUGACUAGACAUGUGAGAUCCUAUACUAGAUGUAAAUCCUCAUUCAUAUAAUCCAUGUGGAAAGACAUUUAGGCUCACUUCAUCCCUGAAUUGCCUCCAGAAAAUUCCUAGAAGAUUGAAAUCAAGGUUAAAGGCAUAAAAACGGAAGAAAUAGCUCAUUAUUCAGCAGGGAUUUUCUGCUUAGGAAAAAGUCUCCUAUGGAUUUGGCAUGGGAAGGUUUAGCCCAGGUUCAUCUCUAAUUGUACAUCUGAGGAUAUAUGAAGUGGAGGGAAGACUUACAAAUGUGCUGAAGGAAAACAUGCCCUUACCUAGAACAUAAGGGUCAGUAUAAAUCACAGUAUUCACACUAAAAAGAAACAUUAUGCAGAAAGGCUUUCACCUGGAUCUCAUCCUUUGUGUAGAAAUCUUGCUGCAGAUUAAACAUGUGAAUAUAAUAAAUGAGGGAAGACCUCUUCCUAUAACAUAGAUGUCAUGAGACAUUGCAAUUUUAUACUGCAUAUAAAGGUCAGAAAAAAGAUUUGAGUUUCUCUGAAAUCCCAAGAUUGGUAGCCAAAGAAGAGUAUUUAUAAUGGGGGGAACCAAUUUUUUUUACUCUCUUUGCUCUAUCAGUAAUGAGAUUUUUUAAUCUGAUUUUACAUUGUUUUUAUUACUUAAUUUUCCUCUUCAUUCUCUUGUUUAUUCCUAAAUUCUUUGUCUUUCCAUCUAUGUGAUAAGUUAUGUGUCCCAUAUUCUAAUUUUCUUUUAAAAUAUCUGUGGCUUAGGUCUCCAUUUUGACCUUAUCUUGCUAAAUUAUGUCGAGUGGGUUCGUGGGGAAGUGAGGCCUUUACAGAAAUCUGACCCCCAGAAGAGUGCCAUAGUUUAGAGCUACAUUUUCAGAAAAACU